AUGGAACCACCGUCAACUCAACAGCGAGAUACCCACCCAAACUCGCCAGAAUAUGUCCGCGAACUCGCCCGUUUUACAUCUCUCCACCCAGGCCUGGUGGACCCAGACAACCUGUUCUCGGUUUUUAUUGGUACCGCUGGUUUAAAUUCAGUAGAAAAGUACCACAGCGAACUAGAAGGAACUUUUUGUUCUCUCGCCAAAGGAGACGAAAAACUCUUUAAGAUUGCCUGCGGCGCAUGGUCCUUUUUUUACAAAGGAGUUCCUGAUUCUAAGGCACAGCUCCAGCUCACCCUCGACCUCAACGAUGAAAUUGGAGAUGCAGAAACAAUCAAUAAACUAGUCAAGCUUGCCCACUUUGGGCGAUACCCCAGCCUCGAAGGUCAUAACCUCACAAACCAAGAGAUGCUUGCUGCACUUGCCAACCCAAUAGUUCACACCGAUAUACAACAUUACAAGCCCCAAAUCGAAUGGUCUACUAAAAUUGUCAAAGCUGGUCUUCGUGCCAAAUAUAAGAGGUCCAAUCUUAUUAUUGAUCCAAUCCUAGCCGACCUCCGCACUCAUACCAAGAAUUGGAACUCUUCAGUUUACAAGGCUCCCUACACCUGCAUCAUCGGCCCCUCGAUGAUCGGUAAAACACGAGCCCUCAUGGAGUUAGGUCAGCACGUAUGCGUGGUUUACAUUUGUCUCCGUAGCCCGAAGUCGACUGGCCAACCUGCUCGUUCGAAACUCGCCGAUUUAAUCUUCCCAAGCAAGUCCGAUGACCUGAUACUGCAUUACUCGAAACUGCUGGCGGCUAUUCUAGAAGCAAUGGCUGAUUUUUUCUCACGAGAUACUGUUGCCAAGAUGGAGGAGAAAGACCAAUUAGCUGCAUGGAAUCAACACAGUUUUCCGGACGACGACGACCACGAAUUUUUUUCUGACGAAACAACGAUCAAUCCGCACCAACUCGCCAGUCCCCCCGUCGAUCAAAACGAAGGCGCAGUUCACAGCAGUAAAAACCUAAAGGACGACCCACGAGUUGGCUGGCACGGAGCUGCUGGCGAUCGAGUGUCCGAGUGGAAGCCGAAGACAGAAGGCACCACAGGUCAACGGGGACAAUCCGGAUCGGUCGAAGAUGGAUGGGUGGGCCGAGUCUGCUGUCCAGUCAGCUCGACGGGAGGCGUCGAAAUCACCCUCGUCCAACCCUCCACUCCUGACUUCAUCCGAUCCGUCCCCGGCGAAUGGGUCCAGACCAACAUCCUCGUCAAGCUCAUUAAACGCACCCGAAGACCCAAGAACCGUCCAACUGGAAGCACCGUCACAGUACUACUCCUAAGGAGCAUGCCGACCAACAUAACCGCCUCUUCAAGAUCGAACCGGGUGAUCCCUCUGACAGUGUAG